AUGUUGGAGGAGGAAAUUAAAAUGAAGGUUUUGGAUGGGGCAAAGAUGCCUCAGCUUACGAACGGAGCUUACAAGCUGUAUUCAAGCAGCUCAGGGAGGGUUCCAUCUCGGUCUGGAGCGCGGAUUCCUGCGGGAUUUAUGAUGAAAAUCCCAAAGUACUAUUUUGGAAAGAUUCAGUCGACUAGAAUAAAAAAAUUGGGAGGUGUUGUGGACAGUGAUUAUAGGGGGGAGAUAUGCGUGCUUGUUUAUAACGACACCGACGAAGAUUUUGUGUAUGAAAAAGGAGACGAGAUAGGAGAGAUGGUUAUUUGUAAGAUCUCAAUGCCCGAUAUUAAAGAAGAUAUUGGCAAUAGGGUUCCUUUGUGA